AUGUCCUCAUCUGCUCCUGCGCCACCGCUGCCUCCUACCAAGGCUACAGUCCCAUACUAUGAGCCUUCUCUUCCACCAGCGAAGCCCAAGCCCACUGUUCCUAUACCAGAAGCUCCCCCUUCUCCCCCUCCUCCUGCACCUGAGCCCUCUCUACCAGAAACUACAGUUCCAGCUGCUGGAACCCUGCCACUUCCUCCGCCCCCCGAGGUUUCGGUUCCUGCCCCAGGGUCUCCUCCUCCUUCUCCCUCUAUUCCCGGGCAACCGGCUGUUCCUCCAUCUCGAGCUGCCCCGCCCCCGGUCAACCCUACUGGUACUAUCGAGGCUUCUGUACCUUCGGCCGCUGCUAACAAGGUGUCUGGAAGCUUUGGGGCUUUCGUGUUGGCUGGUAUUGCAGCUUUGGCUAUGUGA